AUGCCGCAACAGAAUGGCGACAAGCCCAGCGCUGCAUCGAGGAAGCGCAAGGAGCCCUCAUCCAACUCCAACCAGAAGGACAGCAGCAGCAGCACGAAACGGCCCAAGUUUGAUCACCGCGCGAAACAGCGAGAUGCACGAGUCCUCUCCACACAAACCGCCUCGAGGGCGUUCAAGCAUGGCGAGCUGGACGUGGACAAGUUUGUCAAGUCGCGCGAGUACGAGAUACGCGCUCUGGAGGAGGGAAUGGCACGCAGCAAGAAGGCUCUCACCAAGCGGGCUUUUCAGCAGGUGCCCCCGGACUUGCGGAGACGGACAGCCAGCCACAACGUAAAGCGUGUGCCCAAGAGGUUGCAGCCACGGGCGAAGAGGGAGAUGGUCGAGGACAAGACGCCCACCGUGACAGCGCGAAGGAGAAAGCCCACCAGACACAUGCGCCUGCGUAUUGAGACCGCGAAGAGACUGCGAGCGUUGGGAGCCAAGGAGAAGUCUGCUAGAAAUGCAGACGCCGCCUCGACUCUUAAAUCUAUUUCAUUAGCCAUCCAGACCCGUGCUCCAAAGGUCAAGAAGGCCACGCCAGCGAUGCCGCCUGUGCCCAAGGCAAAGUUUCGCAAGCGGCAGAAGAACAAAACUUGGUUGCCGACACACAUGUUCCACGCCAAGCGAGCACGUAUGACUCUGCCGAAGGAGUCGAUGUGGCGCUUUGCAUUACCAUUGACAUCCACCCUGAAAAGCUACCGGCCAACCCAUAGAGCUGCUAAUGAACGAGGCGUUGUGGCUUGGGAUACAAGUUACGUUUCCACCAUUGGACUCGAAGGUCAGCAAAGUAGUAUCGAAGGAUUAUUACAAGCAAUCGGUGUGGGCACCACAUUGGCUAAAGACGACUUGGCUGGAGCCAAAGUUCUAAAGUGGAAGAACGGCACACGAGUCUGGGAAGGUAUGGUGCACCACCGAGGGGAUCCACGCAGACCCAUUGCGCCGCUGACCAUCACCUGGUGUGCUCUAUCUACCAACGAGCGACCCACAAUGGGUGAUGAGCCGGCAAAGCGUAGGCGCAGUGUGUUCGUUCGUGUCCAUCCGGCAGCAUUCUGGGAGCUCUGGGAAGAGAUCAUUCGUCUGUCCAAAGUGGCCAAGCCCCAAGUCGUUGUCGAAGACCUUCGUUUCGAGUUGGGGAGUAUCGAGAUCACAGGACCGGGUGCGACUGAAGCACUCCAUGGCGCUCUGAUACCUUCAGCUUUCACAGACGACCAGCCAUCUUCUGUCACAAGCAUUGGGCAUAUCUGGGCACAGCUUGCAGGUAUUCGUGGCCCGGCCAUGCUCCCGUCGGGGGCACUGCUUGGUUUCGAGAUCCAAGACCCACGACUUCACCAUCCCCCACAGACAAUCAAGCUAGCUCACAAGCCAGAGAACCACGAUCAAAUGAUGGAAGUUAUAGCCAAAUGGCCGGCAGAUGAGACACAAUCAACACCUUCCCUAUUCCUUCGCAGGUCGCGCCUUGCCGCUUCCUCUUCGUUGCCUAGCCAGAAGUCCAUCAACAGGCGAAAAGCACUGUCUGCACCUGGACAAUACCCUGAUCGGUUACCCCUUGACCCAAGGAUACCGAUACUGGUGCAAGCGUCUUCCAAUGCGGCAAACCAACAUGGCACUUGGACAAUCAUCCUCCCAUGGAAGUGCGUAAAGCCUGUGUGGUAUAGCAUAAUGUACUACCCUCUGUCUACAGGCGGACAACCGCGUUUUGGCGGGCUCGACGAAAUGCGACAGCUAUCCUUUCAAGCAGGCGUGCCCUGGUUCCCCGGCGACUUCCCAGGCACUAAAGCUGGCUGGGAUUGGGAAGUGCAGGAACGUUCCAAGCGGAGAGCCGAUUGGCAGCGGAGGCCAAAGUCAAAGCGUGUGAAUUGGCAGGCUGUCGAUCUAGGAGGCGGCAAGAAAGGCGAGAUUGGUGAGGGCUGGGCUUGUGACUGGGGACGUCUGCUUUCAGGACCGCCAUCUGCUAUGGGAAUUGGGCAGGCUGACGCUGUUGCUACCACAGAGUCGAUGAAGAACGCCGAUGAAAGGCGUUUAGACGAACCUGCGGUACAGCCAGAAGCCCUCGUUCACAUAUCGUCACCGCAAGCUCAAACGCUGUGGAACUCUGCAGCAUCUGCAUCGCCGUCCAUCGCCAAAGGAUCGACCGUCAGUGUACGAGUCAAGCUCCUGACCCGCGGCGUACCACAAACUUGCGCGCGUAUAUACCGCCUGCCUUCGACCACGGAUUCAAAUGCUCUCCGCCAAAGCUGGCUAACGCUUCAUCCUCGCAACCAACCGAGUGCGAGGCACCGGGGUCCGAAGCAUGGCCUUCCGCGACUGGACAAGGACGCUCCUGCUUAUCUUGUGCAACGACGUCUUGCUCAAAGUCUAAUCGAGCCGCCGCGUGUGGGUGAAGAGCACUACCCAGAUUGCCCCGGCGAAGAGGAUCUGAUCGGGUUCGUGACAUCGGGCAACUACAAUCUUGGGGAGGGAAAGGGGACUGGAGUGGGUAGCAUCUUGCUUGAGCGCGUUACUGAGGCUGGCAGAGCAGGUGAGGCAGAUGGCAGGUUGUGCAUUGUUCGAAAUGCUGGUAACGGCAUUGGUCGGCUCGCUGAGUGGGAGCUGGUAUAG